UUGAACGACACGCUUCUCCUAGCUAUACAUAUGUCUGUCAACCUGGCGAGGAUUACACAUGUUGUUUACAAGCAGUGUAUUUAGCCGUAAAUGAUGAAUGGAGUCAAAGAGAAACAGGUUGAACAGGCGUUGCUAGAGAAAUCAGAACUUCCCACUACUGUUAAAACUGACCUAGAUGUGAAUAAUGUAGCUGACCCCGAGUACAUCACAAGUAAUUUGGAGGGGAUAGGAGCUCUAGGAGAAAGUCAUUUGUCGUUAAAUUAUGCAUAUAGCCGGAAAUAUUCCACAACUUUGAAGAUAUUGAAGCCAUUUAGACCUUCAAAUAAAGAUGGUAAACUGCCUGUAAAUAAAGUUGGUAUAUUCUCCUACAUAGCGGUAUCAUGGAUUUCUUCCCUUGUAAUGAGGAUAUACAAACGCAGAGGCCAGGCACUAAAGGAGGAGGAUGUCUGGGAGUGUUCUGACUGGGAGACCAGUAGCGUCAACGCUGACAGACUAGAUAAGCUAUGGAGGAAAGAAGUCGAGGAUCAUGGCAAAGGAAAGGCGUCGUUUUUGAGGACAUGGCUGAAAUUUACACAAACGCGUUUAUAUGUAUCAAUUUUCCUUGUUCUGUUGAAUGCAGUUUCAACUUUUUUCAUGACUGGUUAUAUUACAAACCUGGUCAUCAGUUACCUGGAAUCGGAAGAAUCCAAUCUCGGUGUGGCUAUAGCGCUCUUGACGGGAAAUUUCUUCGGUCAAAUUCUCCGAGCAACAUCAUUCAAUUUAUUGAUCAUGUUUGGAGUACAUACAGGUGUACGGUAUCGUGCUGGUGUGUUGGGAUUGGUUUAUAAGAAAUUCAUGAAAGUUCAAAGUUUGCCAGGAAAGGUUUCCUCUCAGGUAAUUACCAUAUUUGGUACCGACGCCCUCAGACUGCACAUUAACUGUGUAACACUCGCCUUCCUGUUGGCGGUUCCUGUCUACAUCAUUAUAGCGACCAUCUACUCUUACUACCUGAUAGGACCUUGGUGUGUUAUUGCUCUAAGUGUCUUCAUAUUUUGCUAUCAAGUUCAGGCACGAUUGAACGUAAUGAUAUCAAACCUCAGAAGAAAAACUCUAGUUUUCACAGACCAGCGAAUACGAAAAAUGAAGGAGGUGCUUUAUAGUAUGAAAAUGAUAAAAAUGUAUGGUUGGGAAGACUCAUUUCUAGAUGUUAUUAAAGCAAUAAGAACAAAUGAGGUGAGGAUAUUGAUGAAGGCGGCGGUUAUAAAUUCUGUGGCCAGUGCAAUCAUUCCGAUAACGCCUUCCGUAGCCACUGUCUCAACCCUCGCUGCUUAUAUGGCAUUUGGAAAUGACAUUACAGCGUCAACGGCCUUCGCUUUAGCUGCUACGAUGGAAUUUCUCCGCGUACUAUUGACCAGUGUGCCUUUUGCUACGAGGAUGUACGGAGAAUCGAAAGUCGCCAUGAAACGGAUAAAGAAAUUUCUAAUUCGGGACGAGUAUACACCACCGACUAACCAGGUUAAAGAUGAAAUGAAUGCUGUCGAAAUUCACGACGGUGUUUUCCAAUGGGAAGAUUUAACUGAUUUACCAAAUGAAAAUGAUAAGAAGAAAAAGAAACAGAAAAAGAAAGAAGAAGAGAAAAAUGUUUUGAACUCCCCGCGGUCUGAAAGCACUGCAUCCUUUAAUCUUGACGAUAUCCAGUUUAAUGUUAAAAAGGGACACCUUGUUGGUAUUUGCGGGUCUGUAGGCAGUGGGAAAUCGUCUUUGAUGUCUGCCAUUCUGGGUCGUAUGCCGAAAUUAACAGGUCAUCUUGCAGUAGACGGGUCUGUCGGCUACGCUGCUCAACAAGCGUUUAUAUUCAAUGGAACCUUAAGGGAAAAUGUUCUAUUUGGGAAAUCAUACGACAGCAUAUGGUAUAAAACAGUUAUAUAUGCCUGUGGGCUAGAACCCGAUAUUGCUUUGCUGCCAAAUGGAGAUCAAACUGAGAUUGGAGAAAGAGGGAUCAACAUCAGCGGAGGACAGAAACAAAGAUUGAGUCUUGCACGUGCGGUCUACAGUAAAAGCGACAUAUAUCUUCUUGACGACCCUUUGUCAGCCGUUGAUGUCCACGUUGGCCGACAUUUAUUCCACAAAUGUAUAAAAAAAACAUUGAAAGGGAAAACCAUUAUAUUGGUCACUCAUCAAUUACAGUAUCUUCAUCAUUGUGACGAGAUCCUGGUAAUUGAGGAGGGUAAGAUAGCUGAACGGGGCCAGCAUGAUGAUCUGAUAGCACGAAAUGGUUACUAUGGCUCCAUGAUGGGUCAAUUCCACGCUACAACGUCCCACAACGCAGCAACAGGAGAUAGCAAAGAGUCACCGUCACAACAAAGUCAAAACCAAUCACCGGACAAAUCGAAGGAGACAGAUUCAAAAUCAGACGAAAAUAAAGGUAAUCUAACGGAGAAAGAAGAAGCGCGAGUAGGCGACGUGUCCUGGGGAACAUACAAGUCUUAUAUAAAUGCCGGUGGUGGCUAUGUACCUAUGACAGUCGUAAUGUUUCUAGUCAUCAUCUCAGUCGCUGUGCUUGUAUUUACAGACUGGUGGCUAGGCAUCUGGCUCCGAGAUAACGACGAAUAUGCCAAGUAUCUCGGAGGAAACAUCACAUUUAACAACACAGUGCCUCCAAAUACAUCAACGCCUAACUCCAUAUCAAACUUUAAUCAAACAUAUAAUAUAGAAAAUAACAACUCCACAUUCUUAGGACCAUCUGAAGAUAGUCAUGCAAGGCUGCGGUUCUAUAUAUCUAUCUAUAUAGGCUCAAUGAUUGGGAUCUUGGUAUUCACCAUCAUUAAAGGACUCGCUCAAUCCAUGAUGAUGAUGCGAUCUACCAGAUUAUUACACAACAGAGCUUUAGCAAAUAUCAUGAAGGCUCCCAUGUCGUUCUUUGAUGCCAACCCAGCGGGACGGAUCCUCAACAGAUUUUCUCAGGAUUUAGAUGAAAGUGAUGUCUUUCUUCCUAUCUACAUUGACGUAUUGCUUCGAUUGUUGGUAAUGACUGUCAUGUCCCUCGCGUCGGCCAUUUACAAUCUCCCAUGGACUUGUAUCGCUAUUGUCGUCGUUUGUGUUGUGUUUUAUAUCUUCAAAACGAUUUCUGCCGAAUCCACCAGACAGAUAAAACGAUUUGAAACCAUUGUGAAAUCUCCAUUACUAAAUCACGUGACUGCUUCCGCGCAAGGUCUCUUUACAAUCGUCUCAUUUAAACAACAGAAGCAAUUCAUCAAAGAAUGUAUGAAAUUUACGGAUGUGACGUCAACGGGCCUGUUCUUAUUUGAAGGGAUGAUGAGGUGGAUAGAACUAAGACUUGAUGUCACUGCCUCGAUAAUGAUAGUGGCCACGAUGUUGGCCAUGGUCUUAAUGAAGGGAACCAUCCCUCCUGCAUUUGCCGCUUUGUCCUAUACCUUGUGUGUCAGGGUGGUAUCGUCCAUGCAGUUUAUAGUCAGGGUAGCAAACGAAACAGAAUCCCGGUUCACCUCCGUUGAGCGGAUACAUGAUUAUGAAUCGAACAUAGAGACGGAGGAGGACUCUGCUUCAGUGAUUCCGGACGAAAGUUGGCCACAGGACGGACGUCUUAUUUUUUCCAAUGUCAUGAUGCGCUACCGGAAAGACAUGGAUCCCGUUUUAAGAAACAUCAGUUUCGAUAUCAAACCAAAACAGAAGGUCGGCAUCGUAGGCAGGACAGGUGCUGGUAAGUCUUCCCUAGCCACAGCGCUGUUUCGUCUGUGUGAACUGUCAGAGGGACAUAUAUCCAUAGAUGGCAUGGACAUCGCGCAUAUCCCACGUAAAACUCUGCGGUCCCGUUUGGCCACGAUACCUCAAGAUCCUGUGCUCUUCACCGGUACCCUCAGAUACAACUUGGAUCCAUUUGACAAGUAUACAGAUGAAGUUGUAUGGGCAGCUGUAGAACAAGCCCAUAUGAAGGAAAAGAUCAAAUCGUAUGGUGAUAAACUUCAAAUGAAAGUGGAAGAGAAUGGAGAAAACUUUUCUGUAGGAGAAAGGCAGCUCAUCUGUCUGGCACGAGCUAUCCUCAGACGAAAUAAGAUUCUGGUCCUGGACGAAGCAACAGCGUCCAUCGACACGUCCACAGACGCCAUGAUUCAGCAGACGAUACGGGAGAGCUUUUCUGACUGUACCGUCCUGACGAUCGCUCACAGACUCAACACUGUUCUACAUUGUGACGUCAUUUUGAUCCUUGAGGCAGGAGAGGUUCUAGAGACAGGGAAACCGCAAGACCUAUUGUCAAAUCCAGAGUCUGUAUUCAAUAGGAUGAUCCGGGCACAAACCGUCAAAACUCCGUCACCGUAACUCACAGUCAUCUACUGUAACCAUGGGCACACUAGAAGCCCAAUCAUAUGUCAAGACACAAUGCGGCGCC